GGGAGAUUUCAGACAGGAAUAGGAGCAGAGCAGCAAUUGAAAAACAGCUGUCCGGCAGACGUCGUAGUCAACUGAAGUGCAGCCCUGAGGCAGAGACAGGAGGCAGGACGGUGUCAACGCGCCUUUAAGACACGCCACUGAAUACACACACACACACACACACACACACACAGCACAGAGUGCAGGGAUCAGGAACUGAGGCACCACCGUGAAAGAUUAUCCACAUCAAAAGACAUCGACUGGAAUCCUCCGCUCAUUCCUGGCUGCAGCUGUUGAGAAGCAUGUGUGAUACCUGCAUGGCCAACGGGAUAUUGAGAAUGUAACUCCAGCCUCCCCUCGGGGAUCUUUAACAUCCACAAAUUCUACAGCAAUUUCAGCUUUUGUCGGAAUCCUGCAGUCACAGCCAUGCCAGCGAAAGCUCCAAUUUACCUGAAACCCACCAACUCUAAGAAGGGGAAGAAAUGUCGCCUUCGAGACAUUUUGUCACCGGACCUGAUCAGUCCGCCACUUGGCGAUUUUCGACACACUACUCACAUAGGUAGAGAGGGACAGAGAGAUGCUUUUGGGGACAUGUCCUUCCUCCAGGGGAAAUAUGAACUCUUACCAGGGAAGGGGGAACCUCAGUAUGGCGUCCAAAGUGAGUUUCUGCGAACAAACAGUACAGGUGAUGCUUCAUAUGUGGAGACCCCAUCUCCUGUCCUCAAGAACGCCAUCUCUCUCCCAACUAUCGGUGGCUGUCAGGCACUGACUCUUCCACUCGUUUCCUCCACUGUCUUCUCAAUACCUCCUGAGCCGCUGGGCGACAUAACGGGCUCUACAACAGGCUCUAGAACAGGCUCUACCACGGGGUCUACAACAGGCUCAACAACAGGGUCUACAGUGGGGUCUACACUGCCCCAGAAAACUGACAGUGUUGAGGACAUGGAAAUUGUGCAGAUUGACACUUUGUUGCAUCCUACUGACAACUUCAGCAGCAAGGCUCCACGUGUUCCACCAAAACCUGUUGUCCUUCUGGACCUCCUGCAGAAGACGACAAAGCCCAACUCGAAACUCAGCUCAGUCACCAAAGCUAAUAUUGCGAACAAACAAGUAAGUAGGAUUGAGAAGCCAUCUUGCUAUUACAUCCACGGUCACAGUAACACUAACUACAUAGCUAACGGAAGCCUUCACAGCAAUGCAAGCAGCGACAGCUUUGAAAGUUUUUACACAAAAGAGGACCAUAAGACCAAAAUCUACAAUGACAAAGUUUAUAUCCAUAACAAGAGCAAAGUUUUUGGACAUUUUACCAAUGACAUUAACUUGGAGUUCAAGGCGCAGGCGCUCUCCAAGUGCAAUGGAGACUGGGUGGACAGAGACAGCGGUGUGGAGGAGGGACGCAUCUCCGAUUUUGACUUGGACUUUUCCAAAGAGAAGAGCACAUCACAGGAGUCGCUCACUCGAAUCACAGGCUCACUGCUCUCCCUUGAACUUGAUCUGGGUCCAUCCAUCAUGGAUGAUGUGCUCAACAUAAUGGAUAAACCCACAGUGAAGAGCAGGCCUUGAGCAGCACUGAGGAGUAAAGGGAGUGAUCACAUUAUCAAACUUCAGGCAUCAGGAGAGAAAUGACUCAAAAUGGGAAGAUGGCAGAAUCAGGACAUAGCAUUUAAAUGAGAGACGUUAGAGCUCUGUUUGUAUUAUCAAAACCUAUAACUAUUCUGGUUUCUAUGGAGUGUUCUUGUGCUUGAUUAUUUUUGGCCAUGCCGGCAUGUUCAUAUGCAUGUACUGUAGUUACUCUAAUGUGCCUUUAAUUAUCAUAUUGUUGUAAAUAUUAUCCUUAAGAGGCGUUCACACAUCAAGGGUACAUGGCAUUUCUCAAAUCACCGCGAACCACACGUCCAACGAUGUCCCAACGAUGAGAAAGGCUCAUCGUUGCAGAUUGGCCAAACGCACCAAUCUGCUUUUCUACCGCAGAUUGGUGCGGUAGAAACACAGAUUUUUCCUAAAAUGUGGCGGAGUCCUCUACCCUCUACUCCGCAUCAGAAACAAUGCUACCGCGCUAGAACAUGAGAGAAACAUUGAAAUAUAAAAACUAUUUGUGGCAGCAUCUGACAGUUAUGUGUUUCACUUUUGCCUCUCAUUGCUCAAAGUUGUGGUGCGUUCUAGGAACCCUGAACAGAUUUUUCCCCCCAGCCAUCAGACUCAUGAACAAUAACAAGAUCUGGUAGCUCAGUUACAGCUCUUUUUUAUUCCUAUUCUGUGUUAUGUGUUUUAUGUUGCACGAUUGCACCAAGAAAGACUCCUGGUUUGUGAACCCGUUCUCAAACAAUGGCAUUACAAAAAAAAACAUUCUAAAAGUUCCAAACAGAGCCGUCACUUGUUUUUAAAGGCAGGAGAGAAUUAACCUGCAAUAGACGCACUAAUGAUAAUAUAAUAAUGUAUUCUGAUUAUUAUUAUCCACUAACAAUAAUCUUACAUGAAUCAGCUAAUAUCUACACUAUGAAGUAAAAGGAAACUUGACAGAUUUGUAAUCAAAUUUAAGUGAAUAAUCGACACAUUUAUUAAAAAUAAGUCAAAAAUUUGUUUUGUUGUGCAUGUGCACAUUCAGAGUACGCGUAUGUAGGGCGGUGACUUUAGGUUUAGGGUGGUAGCCCAUAAGUAAGUCAAUAAUUUGUUUUGUUGUGCAUGUACACAAACAAGAGUGUGCGUAUGCAGGGCGAUGACAUUAGGUUUAGGGUGGGGUGGGAACCCUUCAGGAGUCUAAUAAUAACGAUAAUUAAGUAAUACCACUACACAAAGCCUAGGGCCUGUCCUGCAUGUCUGUUUUAACACAAUAUUAUCUCAGAUCUUUCGGUUCAAACACGGAUCUUGCUGCUCUUUACAUGGCAAAAGGCAUUUUGAUCAUGGUCCAUUUCAAACCUCCAAGACUGCUACAAAAAACUGAACAUUGUUAAAGUUUUCGUCGGCCCCCAAAGGUUCUCAGGGUUUAUGACUAAUGACGGAUGACCAGGUUUUGUGUGUGGUGUUAACAAACUACCAUUUGAACCGACAAUGUGUGAACGCCGCUUUAUACGUCCUCUUUCAAGGACUUUCAUGCAAUAUUCAUUUUCUACACACAUUUGAGUGGCAGACACGGUUUGUGUUUGGUUGUUUUUGUGUGUUAUUCAAAGCACUGUUAGGGUUUUGUCUCUUCAUUGACUUGGAAUUUUGUAUGACAGGACACAAUGCAUAAAUGUGUUUUGGAAAUGUAACACGAAUAAAAUGUUUUUGUCCGAU